AUGAUGUCUGGGAGAAGAGCACUACCUUCUACUUUGAAUACGCCCACUGCUGUACGAGUAGGAACAGAACUGUCUAUCCCGCAAAGUCAAGCUGAGACAUUAUUAACGGAGUUUAUCGAUGCUAGCGAGUACAACAACAACCCAUUCAAUGUGAAGAAACAGAACCAGGAGACCGGUCUUGCUAGUAAUAAUGGUGGGUCAGUGCCGCUUAUAUCGCAGUUGAAAAGGAUCCAGAGAACGAUCAAACAAUUGGUGUUGACCAACUUCAAAUCGUAUGCAGGGAGACAAGUGAUUGGACCGUUCCACACAUCGUUUUCGUCCGUGGUUGGUCCUAAUGGAAGUGGCAAAUCCAACGUUAUUGACUCUAUGCUUUUUGUGUUUGGAUUCAAGGCCAAUAAGAUGAGACAAGGCAAGAUCUCUGAGUUGAUCCACAAUUCUGGAGACGAAACAAGACCUGAGUUCUGCCAGGUGGAUAUCCAUUUUGAAAUGGUUCUUGAUGGUCCGCCAUUGGAAGUUGUGCACAACUCGCAAUUGGUGAUUUCGCGUAAAGCGUUCCAAAACAACCAGUCACAGUACUAUCUAGAUGGUAAGAAAAGCACCUACACAGAGGUGACCACUUUAUUGAAGCAAAAGGGCGUUGACUUGGACCACAAACGGUUUCUCAUUCUUCAAGGAGAGGUGGAGUCGAUAGCACAAAUGAAACCAAAGGGGGAGAAGGAAGGCGACGACGAUGGGUUGUUGGAGUACCUAGAAGAUAUCAUUGGCACCACAAAGUACAAAAAGUUGAUCGAGGACAGCAUGGUGCAGAUUGAAGAAUUAAACACAAUGUGCCAGGAAAAGUCGGAUAGGUUUGCAUUUGUUGAAAAGGAUAAGCUUUUGCUUGAUGAGAGGAAAGUUGAAGCGUUGAGAUUUUUGGAGUUGGAGAAAAAGUUGGAAAAGUUCAAGAGUAUGCAAAAGCAGUAUGAUUUGAGGAGGUACAAAAGGGAGGUGGACCAGAAGGAGGGCGAGGUACAAGAGUUGAGCGAUACUUUGGAGAAAAAGAGGCUUGAAAAUGCAAACUUGUUGAAACUGAUCGACAACAAGGUUGCCUCCCAAGCGGCAAUAAACAAGCAGGUGAAAACGCUUGUUUCCGAGCUCGGCACAUUCCAAAAGGAAAAAAAAACCCUUAACCAAAAGAGUGUUUCUUUUGAAGAAAAACAAAAGAGUUUGGAGACAAAGUUGAAAAAGGCAAACAAAUCAGUAACGUCACUGACCCAAUCUUUGGCCAACGCAAACCAAAAACUUUCCACCUACUCCAACUCCUCCUCCCAGUACAAGUGUGAGAUCGAUGCCUUGACCAAUAAUCUCCAAAGGGAAGAAGAGAAGCUAACGAGUAUGAGGGAGAAGUUGACACAACGUACCUCCACAUUCACCAAUGAGAUUGAGGACUUGCAGAAAAAGUUGGAUCCAUGGACAUCCAAAUUGAAAAACAACGAGAACCAAAUACAGCUCACCCAAUCGAAUAUAGAUAUGCUUGAAACACAGAUGAAUCGCACGAAAAUGCAGUUGGAAGAAAGCAAAAACAGGUUGAGAGAGAUUAAACAAGAGGGCAAGAACAAAGAAACCCAGUUACAAGAGAAGGAGUUGGAUCUAGAGCGAAUCAUUGAACAAACCGCACUUGGAGAAGAGCAAACAAACUCACUAAAAGUGGUUUUGGACAAGUUGAAAGCGCAAAUCACCAAGCAAAAAAAUAAACUCCUGGACUCUCUUGCUGUAAUGCAAACAAAAGAAAACAAAAACAGCGUGCUAGCAGCAUUAACAAAGUUGGCCAAGUCUGGCCGAAUCGAUGAUUUCUAUGGCCGGUUAGGAGAUCUAGGCACGAUUGACGAGCAGUACGAUGUUGCGAUAUCCACUGCUGCUGCGCCAGGGCUAGACUCGAUGGUUGUGGAAACCGUCGAAACAGCUCAAACAUGCAUCGAGUACUUGCGGAAAAAUAAGCUUGGGUACGCCAAUUUCAUAUGUCUUAACAAGUUGAGCAAAUUUGAUCUAUCCAAGAUUAGUACUCCAGGAGACCCAUCGCGGAUCAAGAGGUUAUUUGACUUGAUCACACCAGUCAGUGACAAAUUUGCACCUGCGUUUUUCAGCAAGAUGUUUAAUACACUAGUGGCGCCCACCUUGAGUGAAGCAAAGGCUGUUGCGUAUGGUGCAAAACGAUGGAAGGUGGUGACAUUGGAUGGGAAGGUGAUAGAUACUUUUGGAACAAUGUCAGGUGGAGGUUAUGUACAGCGAGGCGCAAUGAAGUUGGGAGGGGGGAACAAGGUGGUGGGGGAGGUCUUGGAGCAUGAGAAGGAGAUUGAGAUUGAGGAUAUUCGUGUUCGACUACGCGAGUUGGAGCAAAAACACCAAGAGGUAAAAAAAGAGUAUGAUGAGAACAUGGCUGCUUUGCAACAAGUAAAAGCAUUGGAGCCAGAAACAAAACUUGCUCUUGAUAAACUCCAGUUGGAUAUUGCAGGACUUGCAUCAGAGAUGAAAGAGAUUGCACAGUUUCGCAAAAGUUUAGCUCUUGAGCAGGAACAGAUGGAGACGGAUAACCCGUUUGAAAAACAGAUUUCAGAGAAAAAAGGGGCACUUGCUCUGUUGAAUGAGGAGAGGAAUCGAAUAAAGUCGGAAAUGGCCGAUUCAGAGAACCGGAUACUUUUGUUGGAGCAGAAAAUAAUGGAAGCAGGAGGUGUAGAGUUGAAGGUACAAAACUCACGUGUCGACAGUAUCAAACAGCAGAUAUCCAUCAUCAAUGAUAAAACAAGUGGCGACAGAAUUGCUAUUAAGAAGUUGGAAAGUGAUGUGCAGCGGUACAAACGGUUGAUUGAGGAGGCCACUUUGGAAAAGGACAUUUUGGAAAAAGACUUAUUAGCGAUCCAGCAGUCCCAUAAGUCUCUUUUGUCACAAAUGGUAUUACUCGAUGAAAAAAUCCAAGCUUUGGACCAGCACAAACGCGAUAAAGAUGAGGAGCUAGAGAUUAUACGCGUGGAUAUCGAAGGCAUGCAAGAAGAACUAUCCGGAUUCAAACAGUUUGAGGUCGACACCCUCAACCAAGUAGAGAAGAUAACCUCAGUGUUGAGAAAGUUGAACCAUCUAGUUGACGAAAAUGAGCGUGCUCUUGAAAACACAGCUGUGAGAGAUGUUGAGCCAUACAUUUAUUGGAUGGACAAUAAUGAUGAUGAUGAUCGGGCCAAGUUUCUUAUGCCAUCGCCUACGCACAAGCUUUCCCCUACCGAGCUAGACGACGUAGACAUAGAAGCAGUCAAUUCAGAGGUUGAUGAGUUGGAAAAAUACAUGGCCAAUGUACGUGUGGAUAUUGAGAUUCUAAAGGAGUACGGAGCCAAGAUUGUUGAGUACCAGCAGCGGAAAGACGACUUGAACAAAGCCGUGCAACAACGCGACACAAAGCGUGAUUACUGCGAAGAUCUCAAAAAGAAGAGGCUCGACGAGUUUAUGCAAGGGUUCAUGGAUAUCUCAAUGACACUAAAGGAUAUGUACAGGAUGAUCACCAUGGGCGGCAAUGCCGAGUUGGAGUUGGUUGACAGUUUGGACCCGUUCUCCGAAGGCAUUCUCUUCAGCGUGAUGCCGCCCAAGAAGUCGUGGAAAAACAUCUCAAACCUAAGUGGAGGAGAAAAAACAUUGAGCUCGUUGGCCUUGGUAUUUGCCUUGCACAAGUACAAGCCCACGCCGUUGUAUGUGAUGGACGAGAUCGACGCGGCUCUAGACUUUCGCAAUGUGUCCAUUGUGGCCAACUAUAUCAAGGAGAGAACAAAGAACGCCCAGUUUGUGGUGAUAUCAUUGAGGAACAACAUGUUUGAGUUGGCACAGAAGUUGAUUGGAAUCUAUAAGGUCAAGGACAAAACAACAAGUGUUGCUCUCCUCAAUGGUGAAAUGCAGUAA